AAACGUGGUGGUGGCGCUUGCUGUCGGGAGCACACGGCUACCUUCUGGCGAGAUACAGCACGAAGUUAUAUCUGACUUGGUUUGUGGUUCGCGCACCGCAGUCGCUGACGGUCAGUUCUCCGGUGCGGUUGUUGUUGAACCGUUGUCAGCAAAACAUAUCGCGAUCGCGUGCAGUUUCAUCGUGUGACAGUUGAACGUGCAGUCCGGCGACUUUUGUUUUAUCUGUAUUAAGACACGUUCGCUCGCGUGACUCAACCGGAGCUAAAUUAUUUGCCGGCCUGUCGCCAUUGCCGGCCUGUCGCCAGAUGGGGGACCAGCCACAGAACGGAUCCGCGAUGAAUGAUGGACGCAUGAUGACGGUGCUGCCGGAGAUGGCACCGUGCAGUAUCGCCGAAUCGUAUGCCGGCCGAUCGAUCUUCAUCACCGGUGCGACCGGGUUCAUGGGUAAGAUCAUGGUGGAAAAGUUGCUGCGUGACUGUGGUGAGGUGCGGUGCAUCUAUUUGCUGAUACGCGCCAAGAAGGGUAUCGAUCCGGCCCAGCGCAAGGAGGAGUACGUGAAAAAUAUUGUGUUCGAUCAGGUGCGCGAGCAGUGUGGGGCACGGUUGGACAAGAUCCGGCUGAUCCGGGGCGAUAUCCUGAGCGAAGGACUCGGACUGAGCGAGGACGAUCACCGGGAGCUGGUGGAGAACGUGGAGAUGGUGUUUCACUGCGCGGCCAAUGUGCGCUUCGAUCAACACAUCCGCCAGGCGGUGGACAUUAACUUGAACGGCACGAUACGGGUGCUGACGCUGGCGGAAAAGAUGCGCAAGCUGGUAUCGUUCGUGCACGUGUCCACCUCCUACUGCCAGUGCAAUGAGGCGGUGCUGGAGGAGAAGCAUUAUCCCGCACCACAGAACCCGGAAGGCAUCUCCAAGAUGGUCGGUCUGCUCGAUGACGAUAUACUGGAUCUCAUUACGCCAAGACUGCUCAACAACCUGCCAAAUACGUACGCCUACACGAAAGCACUCACCGAGGAUAUGGUGUAUCAGUAUCGGGGCAAGCUGCCGAUCGCCAUCGCCCGACCAUCGAUCGUGACGGCCGCCAUGAGGGAACCGCUGCCGGGCUGGGGCGAAGGUACGAACGGACCGACCGGACUGCUGAUCGGUGCCGGGCGUGGCGUAAUUCGCAGCAUGCACUGCAACGGCGAGUAUCUGGCCGACUUUAUGCCCGUCGACCUCACGAUGAACGCCAUCAUCGCGAUCGGCACGGAGCGCAUGAGGGAUCCGCGGAAGGAGGAGGUGAUGUACUACAAUCUUACCUCGUCGGCUGACAACCCGAUCAGCUGGGGCGAGGUACUGGAGAUGGGCCGCAGCGUGCUGAACGACAAUCCGUUCUGCUUCGCCCUCUGGUACCCGGAUGGAUCGAUCAAGUCGAACUAUCUGUACCAUCUGCUGUGCGUCAUCUUUUUCCACUACUUGCCUGCCUACUUGAUAGACUUUUUGCUGGUGCUGCUGCGCCGGAAACCUUUCUUGGUGAAGGUACAGAAGCGGAUAUCGGCCGGACUGACGAUACUCCAGUACUACACGACCAAGGAAUGGAUAUUCCGGUGCGAAAAUGCGAAAUCCUUGUACCGGCGGCUUUCGCACGACGACCGCAAGCGGUUCUACUUUGAUGUGACGGAAAUCAACUACCAGACCUAUCUGUAUGAUUUCAUCCUCGGUGCCCGCCAGUACAUCCUGAAGGAAGCGCCCGAAACGUUGCCCCAGGCACGAAAGCUACUCCGAAAACUCUACAUCAUGGACAAGAUAGUGCAGAUUGCGCUGUACGUGCUCGGGCUGUGGCUGUUCUGGAUGUACCUCGAGCUAAUAACUGGCUCGAUUCAGUUCGUUUUUGACACCGCAAUCGUUGGUCUGCGAGGAAGUACGACCGUUCGACAGGGACUUUGAUUUCAUUCCGCACUAUGACUCCCCGUUUUGUGUAGAAAGUCAGUGAGAGUUUUAUAUGUGCUUUUUUGUACGGUGACGUUAUAAAAUGUGAAAAAUAGUUUGUAAGCUCUGUUAAGCGUGUAAUUAGGUUCGCGAUCAUCAUUUAUGCUGGGACUGUUGGGGCACGACGUUUUUCUACAGGCACACCAAACAACGCCCCCGGCUCGGUAAAAGCAGGGGUUCAGCGUAGCGCAAGCCUGCGUUUGCACAAACUCACUGUAACAAUGCAAUUGUGUGCUUAUUGGAAGAUUAAUAAUAUUUACCGUAUUAAUAAAGAUUUUUAUAAAACAAA